AUGUUUCUCAAUUUCUCUUUCAGAUUCAUUCUUUUCCUAUUUUAUUUUUUACCCUUUGUUUUCUCUUCUUCUUCUUCUUUUUUGUCUUCCUUCUUUUAUCUUUUAUCCCUUUUUCUAUCCUUCUCAUGCUCCCCAUCAUCUCUUACCUGUCUUGGGCUGCUUUAUUUUGAUAAUUGUUCUAUUUUUCAUUUUUUGUUUGCUUCUUUUUUCGUUUCUACUUUUCUUUUCUCCAUUUUUUUUCUUUUUCUUAAGGAUAUCUUCUUUCUCAUUACUUUGUCUUCUUUUUUCUUUUUACACCCACGCAUUUCUUCUUUUUCUUCUUCUUCCUCUUCUUCUUCUUUUUCUUUAUUAUCAUCCUAUACUUUUUCUAUUUACAACCACUUGUUUCUUCUUUUACUUCUUCGUAAUUAUUUCCUUCUUAUGAUUGUUUUUCUUAUUGCACUUAAUUUUUUCCAUUUUGAAUUUUUCUUCUUCCUGAAUUUUCAGUUUUUUUUUCUUUUUGCAUCUGAAUAUCCGUUAUUCUUCGUCGAAAUAUUUCUUCUUCUUCUUCUUCUAAAUUCUCUCAUUAUUCCUUUUCUCGUUACACCAAAAUAUUUCUUAUUUUUCUUAUUCUUUUCCUUCUUAUUUUCCAUCAUUUCAUUCGUUAGUUCCAUAUUACUUUUUUCUACACUUAAAUUUACUUUUUUCUUUCUCAUUAUUUUCUUCUUCUUCUUCUUCUUCUACUACUACUACUACUACUACAUUUUGCCUUGUAAUACCGCGAGUUUCUCAUUCCUCAUUUUCCUGUUUGCGGCUCGAGCGAACGAUGAGAGUCGUAAAGAUAUUUCGUCUCGCCAAGACUCAUUAACAUAUCUUCUCUGGCUGAGAAAGAUUAAAACAGAAGGUAUUUUCUAA